UCGUUUCGACGUUUUUGGAUUUCCAUUGUGUCCAAGUAGUUCCCCAUCGGUUUGCGGUGAGUUCGAGAUUAGCAAUGAUUAGGACAAGUCGAUACGGUAGCCAUAGCCAACGUAAUCCGAUACAUUCGUGGUUGGUGAUCGAGAUGACGGAGGAAGAGUGAUGAAGCGCGGCGGACCCAGACGGCGGAGAUUAUCCGUACGCAUGAUUCUAUUCGCGUCGGUGAUCUUCACCGGUCUCGGCUUGGUACUGCUCACGCUCCAUCCGGUUGAUCCUGAGUCGUCGGUCAUCGACGUCGCCGGCGGAGGCGACGUCGUUUCGGACUCCGCCGCCGUCGGUGAGAAGGUUCAGGAACGGCGCGUCACCGUGAGAGGCGGGGCAAGGUCGUGCGCCACGGUAGAGGAGAUGGGAAGCGAUUUCGAAGGGGGUUUCGCGGAACAGAGCCUUCGAGUGCGACAAAUUGCCCGACGCCAUUUUCAUGCAAACGGUGCUUUGGCCAUUCGAGAGCUCCCUCCAAAGAAGUUUUGCUGGCAUGGAUUCGUUCUGGGGAAAACAGCCGAAGCCGGUUUUGGGAAUGAGAUGUACAAGAUCUUAACUUAUGCGGCAUUGAGCAUAAUGUUGAACCGAUCCUUGAUCAUUGGCCAGACCAGGGGAAAGUAUCCGUUUGGUGAUUACAUUGCUUACUCCAAUGCCACCUUUACCAUGAGUGAAGUGAAGCAUCUCUGGAGACAAAAAGGCUGUCUGAAGAAAUACGGAAGGCGGCUUGUCGUGAGAAUGGAUGAUUUCGAGAAGCCGUCCAAGAGUAACGUCUUAUGCAGCAACUGGAUGAAGUGGAAGCAACCUGUUAUAUGGUUUCAAGGUACAACCGACGCAGUGGCGGCUCAGUUUUUCCUGAAGAAUGUGCAUAAAGAGAUGAGGGUUGCAGCCUUUGAGCUAUUCGGAGAAUCGGGAAAACUUGAAACGAGGGCUAAUGUGUUUGGUGAGCUGAUGAUGGCACUCAUAUCUCCGACGGAAGAUGUUAAUGAAGCAGUGAAUUGGGUUCUACGAGAAACCGGGGAUCCUGAUGUUUCAUUGCACAUGAGAAUGCUUAAUAACAGACCGGUUAGAGCUUUAAGGGCAGCGAUGAGAUGCCUUGGCAAAGCAAUCCGCCGUUCGGGUGUGUCAAACCCUAGAGUGGCUAUAGUAUCAGAUACUCCAUCAGUUGUGAAUGCCAUUGAUCCCAAUAUACGAUCGUUUGCUAAGUUAGAUAUUUGUGGUCAGGUUAUACAUUUCGACUACAAGCUUUUCCAAGGGGAUAUCUCCCGAGGCGGCGCCCGGGGGUUACCGAUGGUUGGUUUCAGGAAAAAGGACUGGGGACCGGCUCCGAGAUGGGUUGCAUUUGUGGAUUUCUUUCUAGCCGCCCGUGCAAAACACGCUGUUAUCUCCGUGGCUCAGAGGCGUGUCGGCACUACUUACGCUCAGUUGGUUGCUGCCCUCGCCGCCGCAAAAAGCGUCAAGGAGGAGGAGGAUGGUUGGAGCAACUCGAGCAGCUCGAGCUUUGUGUUCCUGAGCUGUUUCCAGAGAAACCUGCUAACGAACGGUCUGAAGAACCAGGUGGGUUGGGGACACGUGUGGAACCGUUUCGCCGGGCCGUUAAGCUGUCCGAAGCAACCAGACCAGUGCGCGUUCACGCCGCUUAUGGCUCCCGGAUGGUGGGACAGUCUCUGGCAAUCUCCCAUUCCCCGCGACGUCCGUCGAAUGGCUGCCUUCGGGGUCAAGCUUUCGGGUUUUGGUACUAGCGACGAUGGCAGGAUCCGAGCCUUUUGUCGCGCCAAGAAAGAGUACGUAAAUACUGUGACGGUCAUUUAAGGAUCUUUACAAUCUCAAACAGUUGGAAUUAUCGUAGAUUCAUAAAUCUCAAAAGGAUGUCUAUACUGUUUGUUUUUUUUGUAACUUGGGGAGGAAGUUAUUGGUGCUAGAGGUGAAAUGGGCAAGAAAUAUCAAAAGACAUGUAAAGGCGUGACCUUUUCUUGUGGAUUACGUUACCCUUCACGCCUACGAAGAAUCUUUCUUCCCGAGUUUUCGUCUUCUUUUGCCUUUUUCUCUUGUAUUGCUUCGGUCGAAAAUGUGCUAAAUUUCGAAUCUUUUGGUCGGAAAACCGCAGUGUUCAUGGGUUCUUAAGACCAGACCGACUUUAUCAGUGGAAAGUAGUAAAGUCAUCAUCUUCACAGAUUCAGAGUAGAUUGCUUCGUCAAUGGACAGAUUCCGUAAAACCCUUCUCGUGCAUCUUUGACGACAUUUUACAGUGGCAGAUUCAUUUCAACCCACUUUCUUUGUCCUCAUCAGAAGAUACAAAACCGAUUGGCGAUGAACCCUUAUCAUGAAUGAUUCUGACAGAUGUGUAAUGGCUGCAAUAAUGAAGAAGAGACAUAAACCAGCAAAAAAAAAAAAA